AUGUCAGGACCACCACCACCCAAGGUCCCUCCGCCUGGGGACGACGACGAGGACGACGAGGGCCACAUGGACGUCAACUUCAUCCAGGGCUUUGCCGACAAGAUCCAGCGCGUUCCACAACAACUAGACGACGACCCCUCGUCCCGACCCAAGAUCAACAUUCCCAAACGCGGAGAGAAAGAUUUCGAGCCCCUAGCCGAAACCGUAAACCUGCAAGAGAUGAUGCUCCAGAACUCUCGCCAAGCCCUCUUCGACGCCCUCCAAGGAGUCCGUGGCGUCGCGAGUAAAUCCCUCUCGCACGCCCUCGUCACUCCCGCCUCCCCCUUCCCGCACCUCGUCAUCUCGCGCGGCCACGUCCUCGACACUCUGGGCAUCACAGUGCGCCACUCGGGCAAAGCCAGGAUCGAAUUGUUGCCCGAAGAGGCACUCUAUCUCGCCGAACGUGGGAGUCUGCAAAUAUGGAAUGGGACGGCACCGAGUCGGGAAGAACCCGACUUGGGGACGUGGAGUGAAGAGGAGUUUGGAAUCCGGGGCGCUGUCGAAAUGAGCGUCGUCGAAGUGUUUGGCGCGUUUAUGGGGAUGGCAGGAUUGUCAUGGCAGAGAUACCAGGCGUAUGCGUACCUCAAACGAUUGGGGUAUACGGUUCAGCGGACGCGGCGCUUUAUUCCCACGCACUUUGUGGAAGAGGCGCGCGUAGAGGUUGGCGUGUGGGCGCGGCUUUGGGCCGCCCUCUCCAGACUCAGUCUGAAUGUCCGUUCAAGUAUCGCCAGCCUUAUGGGUGUUCCGCGCCGCUUCGUGGCUGGUAUGGCGCGAGUUGGGCUGGGCAUGAUGGGUCCACUCGGCGGAACAAUGUUGAAGUCUUGGUCGGGCGAGACGUAUUCCUCAAUCUUUUCGCAUCUCCGCUUCAUACCUUCGGGCCAUACACAUCCCGUUCCUCCCUCUUCAACCGCGUCCGAGUCCGAGUCCCAGUCUCAAUUCGCCCCCCUGCUCACUAACCCCUACAUACCAUUCUUCCAUGUUUGGAAGCCCGUUACGGCGUGGUCAAAGGCCAAGUGGGACCGGGGGAGUGUUGUCGGCCUCGAAAACCAGAAGCCAGACUAUGCCAUUGCGGCCGUCGAAUCACGCAAUACGCCCAUGCCGACGCUACGGCAGCUCGAGGAUAUCUUCGAGGGUUUGCCUGAUGAACCAAAGGGCCCGCCUCGUCGUGUUGGACCACAGUACGAGAACCGUCGGCCGAACAAGGGGCCUGAGAAGGAAGCGCCGGGGGCCUGGUACUACCGCUUCCUACCUUGGCUGCAGACAACACCCCAGGAGAAGCCCUACACCAAUCCCAUGGCGCAGAUGAGGAACGGAGACCGCGCGUUCAUCGUCGCUGUCAAUGACUCUGGCAACUCUGGCUGGAUUCGGUUCGGGCGGUCCGGGUUUGAAGACUUCCCCAUGGUCUAG